GAUCCGGGCGUGACGUCACCCGGUGCCUAAUUUGCAUGUGAAUACUUGACGUCACUUUGGCAACAGGGAUCGGUGGGGUACCGACUAGUGGGAGGGUGAUCCCCGGUUUUUCCUGCUCAAAUUCCACAAAUCUACAGAACCAGUGAACUCGAAGACAUCAAGACACAUUCUUACCACACUCCUACAGGACUAGGUCUGGUCGUUUCGGAUAUCUGGCGAAGCGAGGAGCAAGAAACAGAGUAGCCUGUAGUGAAUCAUGCUGGUUGGAGUUGGGUGAUCCGAGUUGUUCCUGUCAUCAUGCCUGGGCAGGAGAAGAAGGGGUCCGGGAAGACCCCGGAGUCCAAACAGGAGUCAAAAGAGUUAGCCAGACUUCUGGGCCUUCUCAAUACACCUGCCAGUAAACAACAGCUUCCGUCCAUCGACGUGAGUGCCCCCUCCAAGUCCAGUCGGUAUGGACAGCUGCGAGGCACCGGGAAAAUCAAGUGGCCGCCCGCCCAGCCCUCCUGUCAGGAGCAGUCUACAGAGGCACUCGCUCUGGAGAAAUUCAGUAAGAGAUACCAGAAUGACAGAGUGUUCAGUAAACACCCCAUGCAGGGGUACUUCUCACAGAUCUUCACAGCACUCAUCAAGCACAGGCUCUGCAGCCCGGAGUGGACAGAGCGUGCGCCUCCAGAGAACAUCCUGAGAGUGGUGACCUGUCUCCGUAUGCUGAUGAGAGACCCCACAUAUCAGAAAAUGUUCUUUGAUUUAGAUGGCCUCAAGUUGCUAGCAGAGCGUCUGGAGGCAGCCACCCACAGCUACCUGACUUUUGGGGAGGGGCCGUAUGUGGUAGAUAUACUCAAGGAAAUGACAAACAUCUUCCAGAAGUUGUCAGUACAGGAGAAGCAGAAAGACUGGUUGGUGGCCUGUCAGGCUCACAAGUCGCUGGUGUUGUUGCUGUCAGCCAAUGAUGUGAUAGUUCUCCACUGUUCCCUGUAUGCCCUCAUCAGCCUCACACAAAGCCCUGAGCCUCGAGCUGUUAUAGCAGAGCUGCACUGUGUGGAGACAUUACUGAGAAUACUGCAGGAGUAUGACAACAUGUCUAAAAGUCUUGCUGCGAGGCUGUUGCGGUCCCUCUGUGCUGACAGCCAGGCCAGGGAACAAGUCAAGAUAUACGACGGUGUACCUGUACUUCUCAGCUUGUUGCAUUAUGACAGUCUAAACCUGUUGUGGAAUGUGGUGUGGAUCCUGGUCCAGUUGUGUGAAGACCCAGACAUGACCAAUGACAUCAGACUGAUGGGGGGGAUACCACUCCUGCUGUCUCUUCUACAUGACCGUAAGUUUGAGACAGACAGGACAGCGCUAACCCAGCUGUCCAGCUCGGCUGGCGCGACCCCGGGUCACGGCGGCUUCCAGGUCACCUUCCAGGGUGACGAGUCAGAGGUCAACGUCAGUGAAAAGGACAAACUUUCCUUGAAAGCAGUUGUGUGCACGGCACUAACAGAACUAGUGUUGAAUGACACCAACGCGUACCAGAUAGUCCAGACAAACGGGGUUUACCUGAUCGGACUCCUCAUCAUGCCUCCAGACACAGGGAACCCUGAGAUAUUCAUAGACCUACAGAGAACAGCCUUCCGCACUCUCAGAUUUCUCUUCAGUAUGGAGCGGAAUAGACAGCUCUUCAAGAGGUUGUUUCCGCCUGAUCUGUUUGAGAUGUUUAUUGACAUCGGCCACUACAUUCGGGACAUCAACGCCUACAAACAAGUCGUGGACAAACUCAACAGUUUACCAAAAGACCAGCUGCAGGUGAUUCAGCAGAGAAUAUUUGACACUAACCAGAACAAGGAGCCGAACACCUUCAUCAGUAACUAUGCUGUGUACGAGCUGCUGGGGUCAGGGGCAUUCGGGAAUGUGUACAAGGUAAAGAAAAAAGACUCCUCAGGGACCUUUCUUGCACUCAAAGAGAUCAAUGUUCACAACCCUGCAUUGGGAAAAACGGCGAAGGAGAAAGACAAGAGUAUUGGAGACAUUGUUGCAGAAAUCAACAUCAUCCGGGAACAGCUGAAACAUCCCAACAUCGUCAGAUACUACAAGACUUUUACUGAGAACGACAGACUGUACAUCCUGAUGGAUCUGAUAGAGGGCGCUCCUUUAGGGGAACACUUCAACUCGCUGAAGGAGAAGGGCGAGAGGUUUCCGGAGGACAGGAUAUGGAACAUCUUCUUACAGAUUGUGCUAGCCUUGAGAUAUCUGCAUAAGGAAAGGAAAAUCGUCCACAGAGACCUGAAACCUGAUAACAUCAUGCUGGGAGAAAACGACAAAGUCACCAUCACUGAUUUUGGACUUGCCCGGCAAAAGAGCAGAGAAGAGAGCAAGAUGACUUCAGUGGUGGGAACCAUCCUCUACUCAUGCCCAGAGAUAGUGAAAAGUGAGCCGUACACAGAGAAAGCAGACGUGUGGGCGUCAGGCUGUAUCCUGUAUCAGAUGUGCGCCCUACAACCUCCCUUUUACAGCUCCAACAUGCUGUCUCUCGCUACCAAGAUAGUGAAUGCUGAGUAUGAACCACUUCCAGAAGACCUUUACUCCCAGCAGAUCACAGGUGUUAUAGGCAGCUGUUUGACAUCAGAACCCGAGGAGAGACCAGACAUUGUGCAGGUGGCUGCUCUGAUCUCAGACAAACUCCUGGUGUUCAUGGACCAGCUCAGGGUCAACCAGGUCAACAUGGAGAAGAAACUGGAGAGGGAAAGAAAGAGAACUCAGAGGCAUUUUGUGGAGGCGAACCGGAACAUGCAGAACUACCACCGGUUGUUCCUGGCAUCUCAGGAGCGGUACGACAAGCUGGUCAGCCUGCAGAGCAGCGGGGGGGCGUCCAGCUUCAAGGGCGGGGGGGACAGCGGGAGUGACCUCAGCGACAGCGUGUUCGCCGUGGCCGCCGCGUACGCCGAGGCCAACAAGAAGCGAGAAAACGGGAGCUCAACGUUAGCUGACAGUGAAAAAGAUCUGUCCAGUUCAUCAGGCUCUGACCAAGAGAGCGACUCGGGCACUGCACAAAAAUCCAAGAAGGCAGACAAGAAGAAGGACCUGAGCUCCUCGGGGUCCUUACAGCUUCCUCAGGGGUCUCCGGGGAAGAAGCUGUCCAAACCGACCCCUCCCACCUCCCCGCGGGCACCGCACGGGGCCAGGAGGGCUCUACAACUGGACGGGGCCGACAAGUCAACAUUCAGAAGCAGGUCCAACUCCACAGAGAAGUCGUCUACGAGUUCCCCUCCGCGUGAAAGCUCCGACAGAGUUGUGCUGCAGCACCAAACUUCCACAUCUUCUACCAGCAGUGACGGGAAUGGCGGGGAGCGCAGGACACAGAGUUCUACCUUGGAGCUGAUGAGAAGAAGACUGUCGUCCAACAAGGGAAGGCCGAACUCUGCGUCAGCUGGAGCGGCCAUGCUGACCAUCUCUCCUCGGAAAGUUCGGCAGAUCAAAGACCCGAUCCAGGAGAUGUUACACCAACUGCACAAGAUCAUCUACAUCUCACAGCUUCCCCCCACGCUUACCCACAAUCCUCGGCGGCGGGUGGUGGAGAAGUUUAUGCGAGCUCUCUUCUCGCCUCAGAGCAGCUCCUUCAACCUGAAGAGUGAACUUAAGAAGCUUCUGACAGGGUCCAGGGACCUGAUAGACCUGAACUUUGCCCCCUGGACGGCCAGACAGGCCACCGCUGAGGAGGCCGCCAUCGCAGCUGCAGCCGAUAGGCCAGCGUUGACCAGUGUGAACAGUGUGGAGGAGGGGAACAUCAGCGACGUGGGGAUCACGUACGAACAGAUGCAGAACAUCAUCGAGAGCGUUCUGGCCGAGAGCGGUUACUACGACGUUUCUCCGGCAACAAGAAAUCGGAUGCAGCCCCUUGGUCCGAUCGAGAGGAACAGAUCCUCAUCCACAUCAUCUUAAAGGAGCCACAGAAGACAUCUUGGCCAGGAUCUUAUUGUACAAAACUAUAGAAGCAAUUGGUGAAACUAUGUAUAAAAGUUCAAACGAUGUGUUUUUAUUACGUGUAAAAUGUGUGUUUGUGGUUUUCUGUGCACAUACACGUAUAUGCACUGUGUAUUAGGACUGUACAUAUUUUGUAAGUGGGUUUUGUGACGGAUUCUGUGGACACAAGUCAGAUUUGUCUCAUACUUAACAAUCAUACACACCAGCCAUGUAUAGGACACAGGGCGCACUGCAUAUUGCUGUGUAAAAUGUUCAGAUUGAAAACUCAAUAUUGUGUAUAAUGAUUGUGGAUUUGCCUACGAUAUAAUAUGUACAUAGCGUAUUUUAUGUACAGUACAUUUUCUGUGGUGGAGUAGCCAUUCAGUGUUUUUAGUUCGCUUAAAAAUUAAUUUGUAAGUCAUUUUUCUGUCCUGAAACUACCAUAUGCACUACCAGGACAGUCAAAUGUGGUGUCUACUUGCAUUGUAUCAUUUUAAGUGAAAUGGAAUAAUUAUAAAGUUAAUUAUUCAAACUGUUAAUUAAGCAAUUGUCUUUGGGGGCAAAGAUAAGAUGUCAUUUUCAUAACAGUAUUAUUGUGACUUUUGGAUAUAAUAUUGGGUAAUAUGUAGUUGUGUGGGGAAAGAUUUUGGCAUACAUAUUUAUGUAAAUUAGAACAACACAAAGCAUUUUUUUCAAAAUGGAGGAACUUGCUAUAAUAAAUUGAGUGGAUGUAAAAGUCCUAGUCUAGAUUGAGUGAACAACUAUUGCAAAUAACAUGCUUUUUUUUUUUUAGCAUUUGACUGAUACUACACUGAUGUUACAUUCAUGUACUACAUAUAAUAUUAAGCAUACUAGUAUUGUAGUAGGGGAUGUUGUUGCAUAGUACUUAUUUUUGAUAUGUCAGGACAUUGCGCCGUGUGACUACACAUCAAUGCAUUUUUCUGAUGUCAUCAGGAGUGAAAUUCACCACUAUGUACUGAUUUUAUAAUGUUGUGCCAGACAUGUUCUUGUUUUAAGAUUUUAAAGAAU